AUGUCACCAGUUGAGUCGAGUAUGAAAGAUCAUAGUAAGAAAGAUGAUAGCGACGAGAAUAGGAAAAAGGAAGCACAAGUGAAACCAACUGAAGAGAAUAAAGUGAAACAAGCAGAUCAAGAAGUAGCGACUGCUAGAUAUCCGGAUGGCGUUAACACAGAAGCACCAAUCAAAGGUGGCUCGAAGAAAUCGAAAUCUCAAAAAUCCAUCAAAAAAGACAAGGGAAGUUCUUCGAAGAAGCAAAAGAAACAAACUGAUAGUGCAUCGCAAAAGAUUCGAAAAGACGGCGAAGAAAGUGCCUCUAAAACAGCUCAACUCGUCGAAGAUGCUGAAAGCCCUAAAAACCUGAAAAAAGCUGAAAUCGCUUCUAACUCAUCGAAGAAAGCAGACGAUAAGGUCGAGAGUGAUGAAGGAAAAGAGAAAGUCGCUAAUGCAUCGCAAAAAUCAAGCAAAAAGAGUGCAAAGCAGAAGGAGAAUAGGCGAGAAGACAGGCCACAGAAAGGCGACCAAGAAGGUAGCAAUGAUGAAAGUGGAGAAAUCGAAGACGACGACUCGUCAUCCGGAACAAUUUCACGUUCAACCGCAACGACGUCACCCACACUGAAAAUGCAAAAGAAGAAAUUAGCUGAACACAGAAAGCGAAUCGAAGAAGCUGCAAAAGCAACGAGUAGCACAUCGUCACAAAGUAGCAACAGCUGGGAACCGUUAAGAAAAGCACCGCCCAAGAAAGGGGACUGCUAUGUGAUGUAA